UUAACAUUCAUAAUUAUAUUUUGAGUUGAGGUUAUGUUUACGUUUUGCAUAAAAUAUUUAUUUUGAAUUUAAAGUUUGCUUGCAAAAAAAACACCACAUCUCGCCGAUAUCGAUUGUAUAACCUGUUUUUAGAACAUAAUAUUUUUAUUAUCAUAAUAAUUUGUAAAUAGACUGACAUUUUACAAAUUAAAACUGAAGUUAUUUUCUUCUAUAACAGCAUGUCUGAAAUCUAUAAACUUAUUCAUCCAGUUAAAUAUUUCAAUGAUUACCUGUCUCGGAAUAUACGUCCUGAUGGAAGAAAGUUUAGUGAACAGCGAAACAUCAAAUUAAAUGUAAAUUCUCUGAAAACUGCAGACGCUUCAGCUGUAGUCAAAUGUGGAAAUACCACAAUUGUAUGUGGGAUUAAGCUGGAAUUAGCUACACCCAAAGCUGAACAACCUGAUCAAGGUUUUAUAGUAACCAAUGUGGAGCUUCCACCAUUGUGUUCAUCAAAAUAUAAACCUGGCCCUCCUUCAGACUAUGCUCAAGUAACAAGUUACUUGGUGUCAGACAUUAUGGUAAAUUCAAAAUGUGUAGAUUUAAAAGAUCUAUGUAUAACAUCCGACAAGCUGGCUUGGGUAUUGUAUUGUGAUAUGGUGUGCUUAGAUAAUGAUGGGAGCCUAGUAGAUGCUUGUAUCAUUGCACUGAUGGCAAGCUUGAAAACAGUUACACUACCUUCUGUUACCUAUAAUGAUGAAACUGAAGAUAUAAAAAUAGAUACUAAUGUCAGAAAACCUCUAAAGGUACAUGGAUUGCCUGUGGCUAGCAGCUUUGCUGUUUAUAAACUUUUACAAGAUGAAGUUUUACUAGUAGACCCAUCUUCAUAUGAGGAAGAAAUGUGUGGAGGUAUUGGAUCAAACUUUAUUGUAUGCUGUAACAAUGGAUUACUUUGUGGGACACAAAAAUUUGGUGGAAGUGAUCUCUCCACUGAAUGCCAGGAAAAAGCUCUUAAGAUAGCAAAGGAUAGAGCUAGUUUAGUUGAAGAAGUGAUUGAUACUUGUUUGAAACAUGAACUUGAAAUUAAAUAAAAUAUUUUAAGAUGAUGUUUUUCUA